AUGGCAAAGGAGUACCCUCCGUUCCAUUUAAAUGGACCACGUUUUGAUCAGACUACAUUCCAUGGGCGUUUAAUGCACUUUUUGGAUGUUAUUGAUCCACGAACUUUGCUUGUUAGUGAUGCAAACUUGCAGUCUUCAAUAAAACUACUUGAAGAUUUUAAAAAUGGUACACUUCCUCCAGGCACCACUAGCAAGGAAUUAUGGGAAGCUAAAAAGAUUAAACAGGCAAUCAUCCAUCCUGACACAGGGGAAAAAGUGUUCAUGCCUUUCAGGAUGUCUGGUUUUGUUCCAUUUGGGACACCUUUCGUUGUAGGAAUGUUGCUUCCAAAUCCUACAAUUCCAAAGACAAUCAUUUGGCAAUGGUUGAACCAAAGUCACAAUGCCUGCGUCAAUUAUGCAAAUAGAAAUGCCUCUAAACCAACACCUAUUCAUCGUUUUUUGAUUGGAUAUUUUAAACGUUUCCAGUGCUGUUUCUAUUGCUGUUGGUCUUAG